AAAGGAAGCAAGAACAAGAAACGACAGGUUACAAAUUCGGAUGAGCUUAUUAACUCUGGCAUUCAAGAAUCCAAUAGCGUGAAUAUUGAUGUACAAAUCAGUGCCCUAGAAGUUUUGAAAACUUUGUUUACAGUCGGUGGCUCCUCGAUACCUUGUAAUUCUCGCAUCACUAUCGAUAAUAUCAUUAUGUCACGAAUUUUAGCACCAAUUUCCCAAUUUACAAACUCUUCUAGUAUAACUCGGAACGAGAGCGACAUCCAGCUAAAGUUAUAUGAAUGUUUACUUGCUUCAAUUGUUGCUCCAUCAGUGUUUCAAUCUACAAUACUUCCUCAUGCCCUGCAAACUAAUGAUUCGAUGUCUAUAGUUGCUCCUAUCAAAACAGCAUCACCUAUAGUCUCUCCUAUACAAACAACAUCGCCUAUAGUUUCUCCUAUUAAAACAGCAUCGCCCAUAGUUUCUCCUAUCCAAACAGCAUCGCCCAUAGUCGCUCCUAUCCAAACAACAUCGCCUAUAGUCCUGCCUAUCCAAACAGCAUCGCCCAUAGUCGCUCCUAUCCAAACAACAUCGCCUAUAGUCGCGCCUAUCCAAACAGCAUCAUCUAUUAUGAUUCCUACUAAAACAGAACCUUCCAAUAAUAGUCUCACAUCAGUCGCAAGUUACGACAAAAACCUUUUACCGCCAAAAAACAUUAUAACCUUGUCUGAAAAAAAUGAUAACGUUAUUGUUACAGAAACUAACUAUUCGAUAUACUUAUCUGAUAAAAAUGAUAAUUCAAACAUGAAAAGGGCGCGUUCGGAUGAUAUUUCGGAUCUUGAUGUUGAAGACCAGACUCGUAUGCAUAAGCUGUUUCGGGAAGAUUAUAAUGAUUCUGAUGACGACGAGGAUGAAGAAAUGCCUGAGAUUGUGCCGGAUAGUCCAGACUCAGAUUACGAAAGUUCAGACGGAUAA